AGGCUCUCCGUCUUGCUUCGCCUCCAGGCCUCAUGUUUGUCUUCACCAUGUCGUACAUCAAGAUGCCGUUGAUCACCGUCCACCAGGCCGUCGAGAACUCCUCCCAUGGCAGCUGUAGAUGUUGUCCCUGUUGUUGUUGUUGUCGGUGUUGUGCUUAAAGUCCUCACAACAUCGACAUGGCUGGUUCAAAGGGCAAAAGAGACACUGGAAAGUAUUUACAGAAGCUCUACCUGCUUCUUCGAAGGCUGGAUCAGAACCGGCGUCAACAGAUCCUCGCAGGCCUCAGCGAGGUGCAGCGGCGGGAGUUAGAGCGCUGGAUGUUGGAGUAUAAAUCCACACAAAAUCACGGCGACCAGGUACAGGCGCUAACGCCAGACUGGAGCCGUCGAGCAGGUGCGAGCAAAUUCUUCUCGCUACGAGGAGCACAGGAGCAUUUGCUCUUCGCAUCGAUUGGAAAGCAGCGAACUCCCAUCAAAGUGGCUAUCGUUUGCGCGAUUGUGACAACCAUCAUCACCUAUUUACUCUACAAGGUCUAUGUCGACAGUAUGCUUCGGAGACGCUCUGAACAUCAGGAGGAGGAAGAGGUGACGAAGCCCAAAGCUGUGCCCAAGUCGCCCAAGCGGGAGCGAAGCAGCAAAGCCUUGGCGGCCAAGCCUGACGAGAGCAAGUUGUGUUGCUACGACGGCCUCAUGCGCUUCGCCAGUUCCCGUGGGACAGUCGAGGCGAAGGCGUCGCGGCCCAACUUCUCAGGCACCUGGAGUUGUGUGAAGGCGGAGGGCGAUCUCGAUGGUCUUUAUGCAGCCAUGGGCUUGGGAUACUUCGCCCGCUGUGCGUUGGAACGAGCCCAGUGGGGCGCGGGGCACUUGAGCCGGACCUAUGAGCAUCAAGGUGAUCACGUUAAGCUGGUGCAGAAGGCCACUGAAGAGACCACGCAGGAGUUCGACAUCAAUGGCACUCCACAGAAGGUUUCACAGGGUGAUGGCGUGGUGAUCCAAACCACUUCCUGGGAUGAUGAAGAGGAGGGCGUGCUCCUCUUUGAAACGAAGGACUUGUUAGGUUGCGAUCCCAAUUCAUGGACCCAUUGCCGUCAAUAUCUUCAAGGAGAGGAACUGGUCAUCGAGGUUCGUGGAGCCCGUGGACAUCGUGCGGUUUGGACCUAUCACCGCGCCCUCUCGUGAGGGCGUGCUCCUCUUGUUGUUGUGAUGUUCGUUGCUGAACAAAGGUCCACUUCAGGAUUGAAAACAACAUUGGAGGCCAAGUUGUUGGGACCAGGUGUUUUCAGCUGUUGAUUUGCACUGAAGUGCCUGCCGCGCCUGCGCAGAAAGAUGCAUCUCCAGGGCUAUCCAGGGCUGUGACAGGAAGACUCCAGGAUUCGUCUCUAGAGAUGGAGCCCUGCAAGGUAAAAGCACCAUGCAAAGCAUGUCAAAGAGUCUAAAACCUGCAGUAGCUUCUU